AUGGCUAUCCCCGCGCCAGCAGCCAGCGGCCAGCCCCGUAGCUGCCCCGCCGGCUUCCUCCUCCCUCGCCGGUACCCCGCCCCCGCCGAAGUGGCCUGCAUCGCCAGCCCCGCCGCCAUGGCCGUCCUCCUGCCCGAGCUCCUCCCGUCGGGGUCCCUAACCUGCAGAAGUUCGCCGCCGCCGAUCUCCUUCUCCGGCCGCCGCCAACCGCCGCCACCACCGGGAACGGAACCCUGGUGGCCGGAUCUAACCCCGCCGCCGGUUCCUCGCCUCCCUCCGCGUCUUCCCCCGCUCCGGCUGCAGCAGCAACCGCCGGCAGUCGCGAGGGCCUCGUCCCGUGCGGUAGGACGAGGGGCUCGACCCGUUGACCGAGCCAGUGCCCAGCUCCAGCGCCGCCUGGGCCGCUCCCCGCAUGGGCGACGUGGGCCAGCUUCGCCAGGCCUCGCCCCGGCCCAGAUACGUCCCAGCGCCUCGAGGCAGCUCCUCCGGCCCAGCUCCUCCUCCCACCAGACCGGGCCAGGCCCGAAGGUGAGAGUCCCCUGGCCCCUUUGUUGCGCCCCAACAUAG